AUGCCACCAGAGAGGUUGUUCGAGAACAAGGCUCCCAAGGCUUGUCGUCACUGUCGUCUCCACAAGCGGAGAUGCGACAAGAAAUUGCCCAGUUGCUCGACAUGCUCCUCUAAAUGGAACAGAUGCGAGUAUGACGACAACAGCCCGAUCGAGACGGUAGAGCCAGAGACGGAGCUCAAGUGGAGCGAGCCCCUUGCCGUCAGUCGCUUCUUGUGCGGCCUCGAGCUGACUUCCGCGGGCGAGAAGCAGCUCUUGUGGACUGCAUGUCAGACUGAAGGAAUACCAUGGGGCCCUGAGUUUAAUUCCAGAACUCUGAUGGGACUCGUCAAGGACAUCUUCUCCUAUGGCGGAACUACCACCGAGCAGGUUGCGGCUGAGUACUUUGCCAAAGUCCACGAAUGGAUACCCAUUGUAAACGAAGCAUGGAUUACGGCCGAGCUGAAGAGCAUAUCUCUGCAAGGCUAUGCGCGACCUAGAGACGACGCCUUGGCAUUGCUGCUCCUAUGCAUGGGCAUGGUGAACCACCACUGCCGCCAUCCGAAUCAUAGCCCCCACAGCACGCUCUACCGGACAACGAGGCGGCUGUUCACUCUCGUCGACACGGCGAAUGCCUCCCACCUACUCGCGAAACUACAGGCUGGUCUGCUGUUGACGACGUAUGAGUGUGGGCAUGGGAUGGCCGUCGAAGCCAGUUCGACCUUGGCAACAGCCAUUGUCCUCUCUUGUCCGAACGGCGAAGUUGCCCUGCUCAUUCCGACCAGAGGGCUUCUGCCGGAAGAUGUCAUUCCCUUCGUGACCCAAGUCGAGUAUGCCGUAAUGAACACGGAGACCAAGUUUCAGGCGAGAGUAUACGCAGCGCUCUGCAUCGGCGAAGCUAUAACGGCUGGCCAUGACGAUCCCGAUGCUUCAGCCUGCGCGGCAGUGGAAAAACUCCUCCACCAUCUCGUUCGUCAGCAUGCGGAAACUACUGACAACAAGGACAUUUACCCCGUGUGCGAAGGCAUGGCCAUGGCUUUGAGUGCUGUCGUGUCACUUUAUAAGGAGAGAAUCAGGAAAUUCAGGUCUACUGCUGAUGCGAAGCUCGACAUCGACAUCAAGUUCGCCUAUAACAUAGCGUUCGAGAUGUGCCGAGUCGAAGGCGCCCUCAUCAAGAAGAGGAAGGGCUCGCACGCCCAUAGGUUGUGCUUUUCCGGGCUGGGCUGCCUCUAUCGUGCGGCAGUAGACCUGGACGAGAUCUGCCCCAACGGGUCCGCGCCCGAAGACUUUAAGCAGCUGCGAGAGAACCUCAAGUGGUUCUCGCGUCAUUGGUCUGUCGGCGAGCGGUUGCUAUGGCGAAGCACUUGCAACUGGCGGGAGAGGGUCCUCCCUCCGCCUUUCUAG